ACUCUACCCAGGGGAUUUGACUGCCAUUAAGAGAUGGCUUUUUGAUGUGUGUUUUCUAUCACGAACGCAGACAGGCACACGCACGCGCAUUUGGUGAAGUGGGGUGGAUGAAGGGUAAAAAAAUGCAGCAUUUUUUGUUGGGGAACCGUGGCAGGCAGAAGCUUCUGCUCAGCUCGCUCAGUGAUGCUGUUGAAGGUGCCCUUUGUGGACUGACAUGGGAUGGACACAUGCAUGACUAUUUGGGCAGUGACGUUUGGUACACAUGGAUGCAACUUUGUGGAAAGAGCUACAGACCUCCAUUAAUCCUGGCAUGUCCCAGAUGAGCGGCUACAGUAAUGACUGUCAUCAUUUUCACUGUCUCUGUGCUUUGCCUGCUGCCUCAGGCGGUGCUGGCACGGUGGGCUUGUGUUCGCGCCUGCCCACCAUCCUGCACCUGCACGCAGGAGAAGAGCUGCAGCGUGCUCUGCGACCGCUCCGGCCUGCCUGAGCUGCCCAAAGAGUUUCCGUGUGAGGCCUCCGCCAUCAACCUGGACAAAAACAGGCUCAAGUUCUUGUCAGAAAGGGCCUUUGGUACUCUGCCCUCCCUCAAGUCUCUCUCUCUGGACCACAACAACAUCUCCUUCAUUACCCCAGGAGCCUUUAAGGGCCUCUCGAACUUGGUGGAGCUGAAAAUGGCGCACAACGAGUACAUCAGCUACCUUCACACACGAACUUUCACAGGGCUGAAGAAGCUGGUGCGCCUCGACUUGUCCGACUGUAACCUGUUCAGCAUCCCCGAUCGUAUCUUUAUAGAGCAAACGGCACUGAAGGAGCUGCUCUGUUUCCAAAACAACUUCAGGAGGAUCCCGGGGGCCAUCAGAGGCAUGGAAAACCUGACUCACAUCUAUCUGGAGAGAAACAAGAUAGAGGCAGUGGCCUACAACUCCCUGCUGGGCCUGGGUAGCCUCAAGUACCUGAACCUCCAGGAGAACCGCAUCAACGUGAUCCAUGAGCAGGCCUUCCAGGACCUUACACGGCUGGAGAACCUUUACCUCAAUGACAACUUGCUGUCUGAUUUGCCCAAGCUCGCCUUCAAAGGCCUCAGCCGGCUCAAGAUGCUCAACCUCGGGGGUAACCAGUUGACCAACCUGUCCAAGACCUGGUUCAGUGACCUGGUGGAGCUGGAGGUCCUGUACCUAGACAGGAACCAGCUGCUAUACAUCGAGGAGGGCACUUUUGAGAACCUGACCAGCCUAAUCACGCUCCACCUGAACAGCAACAAUCUUACCACCCUUCCCUUCCCUGUUUUCCAGCCCAUCUACUUCCUGGGCCGGCUUUACCUCUUCAGAAACCCCUGGGAGUGUGACUGCUCCCUUGAGUGGCUGAAGGAGUGGAUGGAAAACUACAAGCUGGUGCGGGACAUCCCCUGCGCUUCACCUUCCUCUGUGGCCGGACUGGAUCUCGGUGAGGUGGUCUUCGCCAAGGUGAACGGCACAUGUGUGGACCCCGCCGAUCUCAACCUAACUACGGCCUCCUCGGAGAUCACCUCCACCACAGAGAACCGCUUCAAAAGCCUCAUUUUCACACUGAUCCACCCGGAGUUCGGGGAUCAGAUGGGGAACGGCACAGAGAGCCUCCGCAACGGGACCCUGAUUGAGAGCGAGGAUGGGCAGCUCUCUGCAGGGGUCACAGGUCAACGGGCCUGGCCAAGCGAGUCUCUUUUUUGCUUCAUUGUGAUGUGGCUCAGCUUGGGUUUGAUUGGCCAGUCAGAUCUAUUUUUCUCUCUGUACUGCACGUGAGAACAGUGGAGAUGAGAUCUGCUUCAUGACCCACAUGAGGAACAUGGGAAGCUUUUUUUAAAAAAUGCUCCCGAGAUAAAAGAUGGUUUUAUUUACUCAUGCGAAUAUAAAAGGGUUGCUAUUCAUGUUUGCGUGUGUUAAUGCUCUGAUGUAGGAUUUUGGGAUUGUUUCCCUGGUAAAAUGCAAACAGGGGAAACUGAAUAUUUUCAGGUAAGAAGGACUGGAUGUGGUUUACCAUACUGGUUAUAGAUUAAAGAUUUAUAUAUACUACUUCAUAUGUGAUCAUGCUCCUCCUCGUUCAUAUACAAAUCUGUACAGCGGCAGGAUUCAUCUGUGCAAUUGCAGUGGCAAUGAAACUCAAACUGUGUAAGCUAACAUCUAGUUUUUUUGUUGCAUAAGUCGUCAUUUUAAUUAUGAUGUAAUAUUCAUAGCGUUACAUAGUCCGACUAUUUUGUUUUUGUAUUUUGGUUCACAAUGUUAAAGGAGAUGAGAGCUCCCGUAGUUAUCUCCUAAACACACGUCCGCUCUUUUUUGUGUGUAGGCUCUGCAGCUUUUCCACAAAUGCAUUAAUCUUCUUACCGCACGCAGCUCGGUGUCGUCGCUGCUUGUGUGUGCUAUAAAGUAACACAGACGGACUUUAUCUUUGCCUCUAGUGCAUGGGUAUAAUCUCUCUCUAUACAGGGACUGUGGUGAGUCAUUGCCAUAUAUUGUGGAUGGAGGGGGGGCAGUGUCAAAGCAUGUUUAAUGCAUAUGUACACACUUACACUGUUGUGCUUUGUGUGGCUGACAUACCAUAACACAGGCGACUGCUUUCUUUCUACCCCGGUGAGUGUGAGUAGUUUGGUCAGACAGCCUGUGGUGCAGUUCAGUUUUGUUAUUAGACACAAUGCUCUGUCAAAAUCUAUUUUUCUAAAUAAAAUAAAUAAUUAAGCUUU